AUGUAUCACUUAUCAUUGAUUUUUCAGUCAAGGACGGCGUCUAUUCUGUCCCAGCACAGGCUACAAAUGCUGCAACAAGAUUUUGAGGCACCAGCACCACCAAAUGACACGUUGUACUUGAAAAUAAAGAGCCUUCGAACAUCAGACAUCGACCCUAAGUAUUUUGCCAUAAAAGUGACAUUCUUUGAUCAACUAUUAGUGCACGCCAUCAUCAAGUCUAUUGGCUCGAAAGAUGAGGAACCAACUAAUUUUAUAGCUAAUGGGACUUUCGCUUAUGAUCCGUCAGACUAUGAGAAAAUGUGCCUGUUUGCUGAUAAUCCCCUUGUCGUUCAAGUGCAACCGCUUAGAAGUAUUGAUGUUAGUAAAAUUUCAAUUAACAUGGACAUAGGAAACUUUAUUAAAAUUACACACACUUCAAGCAUCAGCUGCUGCAACAUCGAUAUUUUAUCAAUUUUUAUUGGGUCAAAUGAAGAGCAAAAGAUGUGCAUAAGGAAACGUUUAGAGCCGAUGGUGCCACCGACAACCAUAAACGCGAAGAGUUGGGAUACACUCCCUCUUGUGACGAUGGAAUUGGUCUUAGAGCGAGAUCCUCUGAACAAGGUACACAACAUGAUGCUGCAGAAUGCCAACUGGAUGAAAAUUACUCUCAUCGGCUCCUACAACAUGUUCAUACCGUUCGAAAAGGAUUACCUGUAUACCGCUGCCACAAAAUCCCCUCUGUACUGUGAAGCUGUUGGCAGAUGUUCAGUCGGCACCCUGACUACAAAGGACUUGCAAGUCCACUCUGUGUUAAGAGUGCAGCUGCUGAACAUUCAGAUGAAGCUUUGCCUUGAUCUUGAUGAACCCUACAAUCUCUUUAACCUUUGUGGAGUCAUGAAGGCGGGACACGUAGAGCAGCGCGGCUGGUACAGCAGGUCGCAGUAG